AUGCGCAGGUACUGGCGGGCCCAGGACCCCGCGGGCGAAGGGCGUCUCGAGCGCCUGAGCGACGCGGUGAGGUUUGCGCUUCUGUGGAAGUACGGCGGUGCCUACGCUGACCUGGACGUCAUCUUCAGGAAGCCCCUGACCAAGCUGCGCAACUGCGUCGGCGAGCGCGGGCCCGAGGGACGCGACCCGCCCGUCGUCAGCGGAUCCCUGCUCAUCUUCGAGAGGGGUCACCCACUCAUGGAGCUUUGCAUGGAGGAAAUGGCACGGCAGUACCACGACUCCCGACACCUGGUGCACUCGGUCUCCGACGCCAUAGUGCGGACCCUGCGUGACCACUACGUCUGUGAACGUCACGGCUCCGUGGAGUUCGCACCGGCGCGCGAACUGCGCUGCGCCGACGGCCGCUCCCGGGUCACUGUUCUGCCGCGCGAGGCCUUCUUCGACGCGCAUAACCGGACGCGCCACGGUGCGGCCGCCGACGCCAUCCGGGACUUCAACUCGAGUGCAGCCGCGAGUAGCUAUGUAGUGAAUGUGCGACGCCACCCUUCGAUCGCUGACUGUGCCAGCGCUGGCUCUGCGCUGGAAGAUGAAGCUAGGCGCCACUGCCCUCGCAUCUGUCGCCUGGCAAAGAAGAGCGCUCUCGUGCCAUGA